AACGGCCCUCCUUCCCAGGACAGGAGCCCAGCCCUUUCCUCUCCGGCCCUUCCUUCCCUUUUGAUUAUCCCGGCGGGGCAGCUCCGCUCCUCCGCUUCACCCGCCGCUACUUUGCGGACCCGCUGUUCCCUCCGUCAGCAGGGCUGGUAGGCUACAUCUGGCCCUGGCCGGGAGACCUCGAGCAGUUCAAUGCAGCCGGGAGAACCCGAUGAGAACGAUGCCUUCCAAGCCCGAGUGGCUGCAGGUCAGCCAUGUUCUUUCCCCAUGGCGGUCUACGAGCCCAGGCCGCUGCACUCCCAGGGCCCCCUUUUCCUGAAGGGGGUGCCCAUUGUGGCACGGGUGGAAAGCACAGAGAGGUACACCUGGGGCUCCAAGGUGCGGCCCAGCACGGUCUACGCCUUGCAGCUCAGCCAUGGCCAGUUCACCUGGAGCAUGAAGAAACUCUUCCGGCACUUCCAGGAGCUCCACAGGGACCUGAUGAAGCACCGCCUGCUCCUCAGCCUGCUCCCGCUGCCCCGAUUCGUCCUGCAGGGCUCCUGGCCAGUUGGAAGCUCCCUGGAGUUGCCCCCCUUGCCACACGGUGGCAGCGAAGUCUCUCGGCGCCCGUCCAGCAAGCAGAAACAGCUGGAGAGUUACCUGAAUACGUUGCUGGAGAUGAGUGCUUACCGGGACUACCACGCAAUGGCGGAGUUCCUGGAUGUCAGCCGGCUCUCCUUCCUUCCGGACCUCGGCCCCAAAGGCUUAGAAGGCAUGAUCCUGAAGCGGUCUGGGGGCCACCGCAUCCAGGGGCUGAACUGCUUCGGACAUCACCAGGUUUGCUACCGCUGGUCCAAGAGGUGGCUAGUGGUAAAAGACGCCUUCCUGCUCUACCUGAAGCCGGAGUCGGGCGUGAUCUCCUGCGUGCUGCUUUUCGACCCGGCCUUUAAGGUCCAAGUGGGCAAGAAACCCACGGAGACCAAGUACGGAGUCCGUGUGGACAACAGCUGCAGGUCCCUGGUCUUGAAGUGCAGUAGCUACCGCCAGGCCCGCUGGUGGGGCCAACAGAUCACAGAACUGGCUGCCAGCAAAGGCCACCAGCACCUGCAGCGCCACCGCCAUGAGGGGUUUGCACCUGUCCGUGAGGGGACCCCCGCCCGCUGGUUUCUCAACGGAGCUGGGUAUUUUGCGGCUGUGGCAGAUGCCCUGCUCCAGGCCACGCAGGAGAUCUUCAUCACGGAUUGGUGGCUCAGUCCCGAGAUCUACAUGAAGCGCCCGGCUCAGUCAGAUGAGUGGAGACUAGACCUCAUCCUGAAGCACAAAGCGGAGCAGGGGGUUCGUGUCUGCGUGCUGCUCUUUAAGGAGGUGGGGCUGGCCCUAGGCCUGAACAGUGGCUACAGCAAAAGGGCCCUGAUGCUGCUACACCCCAACAUCAAGGUGAUGCGCCAUCCGGACCACGUCUCCUCCAUCGUCUUCCUGUGGGCUCACCACGAGAAGUUGGUUGUGGUAGACCAGUCUGUGGCUUUCCUGGGAGGGCUGGAUCUGGCCUACGGGCGUUGGGAUACCCCAGAGUAUCGCCUGACGGACUUGGAGGGUGAAAACAGCCAAGGUGCCAAGGGUGGGGGUGCCUCUGCAGGCGAGGAGGCCCCUGUGGACCUGGCCACAAACCAGCUGCUCUGGCUGGGCAAGGACUAUGGCAACCUCAUUGCCAAGGAUUGGGUGCACCUGGACAAGCCCUUUGAAGAUUUCAUCGACCGGUUCCAGACCCCUCGGAUGCCGUGGCGGGACGUGGGGGUGGCUGUUCACGGGGUGGCUGCGCGGGACGUGGCCAGGCACUUUAUCCAGCGCUGGAACUUCACCAAGACAAUCAAGGCCAAGUACAAAGGCUCCGAGUACCCCUACCUGCUGCCCAAGUCCCCCCACGUCCCUCUGAAGCUCCCCUUCCUUGUGCCCGGUGCCCAGGUUGCAGACGUCCAGGUGCUGCGCUCUGUGGACCGCUGGUCAGCUGGCCUGAACGAAUGCUCCAUUUACAAUGCCUACCUGGAUGUCAUCAGGACCAGCCAGCAUUACCUGUACAUCGAGAAUCAGUUCUUCAUCAGCUGCACAGAUGGGCGCUCGGUGCUCAACACCGUAGGAGAUGCAAUUGUGCAGCGGAUCCUGCUUGCCCACAGUGAGAAGAAGCCAUUCAGGGUGUACGUGCUGCUCCCCCUCCUGCCUGGAUUCGAGGGGGACAUUGCCCAGGGGGGCAGCAACUCCAUCCAAGCCAUUCUUCACUUCACCUACCGGACCCUCUGCCGUGGGGAGUCAUCCAUCGUUAGUCGCCUCCGGGCAGUCAUGGGAGAGGCCUGGAGGAACUACGUCUCCUUCUGCGGCCUUCGGACCCAUGGGGAGCUGCAGGGUGCUCUUCUCACGGAGCUGGUCUACAUUCACAGCAAGAUGCUCAUUGCGGAUGACCAGCGCGUCAUCAUUGGUUCUGCCAACAUCAAUGAUCGGAGCCUGCUGGGGAAGCGCGACAGCGAGCUGGCCGUGCUGGUGGAAGACAGGGAGCUGGUGCCGUCGGUUAUGGGCGGGCAGGCGUAUGCAGCAGGGAAGUUUGCGCUCAGCCUGCGCCUGGAGUGCUUUAGGUGCCUCCUGGGGGUCGCUCCAGAGGAUGAUGUCUGCAUUCGAGACCCCAUCAGCGACUGCUUCUUCCAUGAUGUCUGGUGUGCCCAAGCUUUAGCCAAUACCAGCAUUUAUGAGGAGGUCUUCCGCUGCCUUCCCACCGACGCCGUCCGGUCGCACCGGGCCCUGCGCGAUCACGUGGCGGUGGGGAGCCUGGCCUCGCUCAGCCCCGGCCGGGCGCGGGAGCGUCUGCAGGCGCUGCGGGGGCUCCUGGUCGGUUUCCCGCUGGAGUUCCUGGCCGAGGAGCACCUCCUGCCGCCCCUCAACUGCAAGGAGGGCAUGAUCCCCACCGAGGUCUGGACCUGAGCGCCUCCCUUGCGGGCCUCUGCCGAAUCCUUUUUAAUCGCCAGCCGCCGUCCUCCUGCACGUCCACACGUUCAAUAAACACGCAUUCCGCCCCCGC